AUCAUCCAUCCUAUGCCACCAAAAAUAUAAAGAGACGUGAGCAACAGUGCUUAUCACUAUCAAACUCGAACUCGACUCAAUCUCCAGGAAAAAAGAAUAAGAAAAAAGAAUCAUGGCAUCUGACGACGACUACGACACUGAGCUCCGGCGCAUGUCUCGGCUCUCCAUCGAGACUUCCGACGGCGACGAAGCAGACGCCGAGAUGUCCGACGACGAAAAGUACCCAUCAACCAAAAAGAACUCCGGCGACGAUGGCGAUGACGAUGAGUGUUUUGUGCUGGAAGGCACGGAGGCGUUGGGCAGGGACGGGCCGGUGACGGAUACGGGCCGGGCCCGGAGAAAGAGAUGGGUUGAGAAGAAAUGGAAAAUGAAGAGGUCCGACUCCAAUACGGAGCAGUGUAGGGUCCUUGUAAGGCCCAGAGGCCCAGAUUCUGAGUCUAUUUGCAUGGACUUGGAUGAGGUUAAGGCCUGUAGAGAAUUGGGCCUUGAGCUGCCCUCUGAUUGGACGGUGGAGAUUCCUCGUGGAUUCUCGGGGGUUGAUACCAGCAGUGGUGCGGAUUCUCCUAUUGCUAGUUGGAGAAUAUCUAGCCCUGGGGAUGAUCCUAGAGAUGUGAAGGCAAGGCUGAAGAUGUGGGCCCAGGCGGUGGCCCUCGCGUCAGCUUCGAGUCUCAGCGGAUGAUCGGACUGAUGACCUGAGAUGGAAUGGUGAAAGUUCUGUAGUUACUUUUUUUCUUUUCAUUUUUUUUUUUUUAAUUUUGUUUGGAGUAAUGGUAAUCAAACUACUGGUGCAUCUUUAUUCUCCGAUUGGUGGAAAAAGAAACGGUACACCAAUCAGCUGUAUAGGCCUUAACCUCAUCCGAAUCCACGUGGCAUGCUCUUUUUUGUUACUCGGAGGGAUCUUAUUUCAAGCUUUUGGAAGGAGUAUGUAAUCUUUUUUAUGUAAAUAGUUUUAUUGGAUUAGGAGAGAGCAUAGUGUUUGAUCAGAGCACUGGCCUUUUUUUUCCCCCGGUUGAGAACUUUUUUGUAUAGAAGAAUCCUGGUAAAGAUUUGCAAUUGUACCUUUUAUUGAUUUAUUAAAUGUGAAUUUAGGUAGUUGGAGGAAUUUGAAAGGCCUACUGUUAAUUGUGAAGACUGAAGAAAAAAAAAACAAGAAGCACUUACAAGUUGAAAAAAGAGAUCCUGGAUAUCCAAUGAGCCCCAUUAUAUCUCACAUCAACUUUAGUCUUCAAUAUGUGUCACAUAAUGUUGUUCUUUUUUGCCCCCUUUUCUUCUUUAAUGCAUGAGGAAUGUUGGUCCCCGACAAAAUCUAUUUUCGUUAAAAAGAGUAGAUUCUACUCGAUCGAAAUGAUCUUUUGAUCAAUCCAGAUACCCUCUCGACUCUGAAACAUGAGAAUCUUGAAU